CUCUUCGACUCCCGUGUCCACCCGGAGUCCCAGGACAAAGCGGUUGAGAAGCUUGGGGUUGCUUUGGUGCCUAUCUUCUUCUCGUAUCUUACAACAAAGAUGGCCAACACCGACACCUUCCUUUUCACCUCUGAAUCUGUGAACGAGGGACACCCUGACAAGCUCUGCGACCAGAUCUCAGAUGCUGUGCUUGAUGCCUGCCUAGAACAGGAUCCCGACAGCAAGGUUGCUUGUGAGACCUGUACCAAGACGAACAUGGUCAUGGUCUUUGGAGAGAUCACCACCAAGGCAAAUGUCGACUAUGAGAAGAUCGUCCGCGACACCUGCCGCGGUAUUGGGUUCACUUCCGAUGAUGUUGGCCUUGAUGCCGAUCACUGCAAGGUGCUUGUCAACAUUGAGCAGCAGUCUCCUGACAUUGCCCAGGGUGUUCAUGGCCAUUUCACCAAGCGCCCUGAGGAGAUUGGUGCUGGUGAUCAGGGUCACAUGUUUGGUUAUGCAACCGAUGAGACCCCAGAGUUGAUGCCCCUCAGCCAUGUCCUCGCCACCAAGCUUGGCGCCCGCCUCACUGAGGUCCGCAAGAAUGGCACCUGCCCGUGGCUGAGGCCUGAUGGCAAGACCCAGGUGACCGUUGAGUACCGCAAUGACCAUGGCGCCAUGGUCCCUAUCCGAGUCCACACCGUCCUCAUCUCGACCCAGCAUGAUGAGACUGUUACCAAUGAUGAGAUUGCUGCUGACCUCAAGGAGCAUGUCAUCAAGCCCGUCAUCCCUGAGCAAUACCUUGAUGAGAAGACCAUCUUCCACCUCAAUCCAUCUGGUCGUUUUGUCAUCGGUGGACCUCAUGGUGAUGCAGGGCUCACCGGGCGCAAGAUCAUCAUUGAUACCUAUGGUGGCUGGGGAGCCCAUGGUGGUGGUGCCUUUUCUGGCAAGGAUCCCACAAAGGUCGACCGGAGUGGUGCCUACAUCGCGAGGCAGGCAGCCAAGAGCAUCGUUGCCAAUGGGCUUGCUCGCCGUUGCAUUGUGCAGGUAUCUUAUGCCAUUGGUGUGCCAGAGCCUCUGUCAGUGUUUGUGGAUACCUAUGGCACAGGCAAGAUUCCCGACAAGGAGAUCCUGAAGAUUGUGAAGGAGAAUUUUGAUUUCAGGCCUGGAAUGAUCAUCAUCAACCUUGACCUGAAGAGGGGUGGAAACGGCAGGUUCCUGAAGACAGCAGCUUACGGGCAUUUCGGCAGGGAUGACACCGACUUCACCUGGGAGGUGGUGAAGCCCCUCAAGGGGGAGAAACCCGCUGCCUAAACAAAACGAGUUUAUGGACAUCCGCAUGAUCGCAACCAUUGCAUUUUAGCUUGCUACUGUCAUCGCUCUUCUGGUCUUAAUCUUCAAAAUGAUGCUUCUUUCUAAUUACCCCUUUUCGUUUAAUUUGUCUCACCCAUUUAUUAUGGUUUGUAAUAACUUUGUUGUUUGGUCCCAAGCUUGCUGAAAGAAGAGUUUGUGGAGGGGUAUGCCAGAGCUGUUUGGGGACGUAUGUAAUAGCCGAGUAUCAAGUUAAUAGUGAAACGAUAUAUCCUCUUGCCUCAUACAA